AUGUCGACGCGGAGGAUACGCAACCCAUUCGGAAUUUAUAUAGCCGUUGUUCUCCUAGAUUGUUGCUGGGAAGCGGUGUCCGGGCAGCUCUCUUACUCCGUGUCAGAGGAGGUUAACCCGGGGACUUCAGUGGGAAAUCUCGCAAAAGAUCUAAACCUUAAUGUCCAUGAAUUGGAGGCGCGUAUGUUUCAGAUCGUCAGUGGAUCAAAGAGAAAGUAUUUUGACGUGAAUCUAAAAACAGGUUUCCUUUACGUCAAUGAGAGAAUAGACCGCGAGGAGCUUUGUGCGAAGGCUACAAAAUGCACCGUCAAUGUAGAGGCCGUGAUCAACAAUCCGCUGAAGCUGUAUCGUUUGGAGAUAAAUGUGCUCGAUAUAAAUGACAACGCACCACGUUUCUCUGAGGAUUUGCAGUCGCUUAACAUUGCAGAAAGUACAGCGCCAGGAGGAAAAUUUGGAUUUAUCGGGGCGUCCGAUCUCGACGUUGGUAAGAACAGCGUGAGCACAUAUAAGCUGAGUGCAAAUGAUUAUUUUUCUUUAGAGACUCUCAAAGGAGGAGACAGUGUGUCUGCUAAGCUUGUGCUUCAGAAAGCGUUAGACCGAGAGACACAGCCUACAAUAAAACUCACAGUGACGGCAGUUGACGGAGGAAACCCACCCAAGUCAGGGACAUCCUUGAUCAUUAUAAAUGUUUUAGACGCUAACGACAAUGCUCCGACUUUCAGUAGUUCUUUAUACAAAGCACGCAUUUAUGAGAAUGUACCAAUAGGUACAACUGUUAUAGUUUUAAAUGCAUCAGACGCAGAUGACGGCUUAAAUGCUGAAAUUGAAUAUUCAUUUAGAAAGAAAGGUCAAGAUCAGGUUUUAGAUUUGUUCCAAAUAGACUCAAAAACAGGUGCGAUUUUAGUGAAAGGUGAAAUCGACUAUGAAGAAAACCCUGUAUUUGAGAUUCAUGCACAGGCCAGUGACAAAGGCCAGCCCCCGAUGUCUGCAGAUUGUAAAGUGCUGGUAGAAGUGGUGGAUCUCAAUGACAACGCUCCUGAGAUCACUGUGACGUCAUUAAUAGACACAGUGAAAGAGGACGCUGAAGUAGGUACUGCUAUUGCACUUGUUUCUGUCCUGGAUAAAGAUGGUGGGAAAAACGGGGCAGUUAAAGCUGURAUUUCAAACAAUGUCCCCUUUAAACUGGAAACCAAUUAUAAAAAUUAUUAUUCUUUAGUUGUUAGUGAUCCGAUUGACAGAGAAACUCAGGCUCACUACAAUCUCUCGUAUUCCAUCUUAGAGGAGGUAAACCCGGGGACGUCUGUUGGAAAUCUCGCCAAGGACCUAAACCUCAACGUGCAGGAGAUAGAGUCUCGUAUGUUUCAGAUCGUUCAUGGAUCGAAGAAAAAAUAUUUCGACGUGAAUCGAAAAACAGGUUUUCUUUACGUCAAUGAGAGAAUAGACCGCGAGGAGCUUUGUGCGAAGGCUACAAAAUGCACCGUCAAUGUAGAGGCCGUGAUCAACAAUCCACUGAAGCUGUAUCGUUUGGAGAUAAAUGUGCUCGAUAUAAAUGAUAAUGCGCCACAUUUCUCGGAGAAGUCUCAGUCACUUAACAUUGCAGAAAGCACUUUACCAGGGCUGAAAUUUGGACUGAUAGAGGCAUCGGAUUUGGAUGUCGUCAAAGGAAAGAUCGACUAUGAGCAACAUCCUGCGUUUGAGAUUCAUGCACAGGCCAGUGACAAAGGCCAGCCCCCGAUGUCUGCUCAUUGUAAAGUGCUGGUAGAAGUGGUGGAUCUCAAUGACAACGCUCCUGAGAUCACUGUGACGCCAUUAAUAGACACGGUGAAGGAGGACGCUGAAAGCCACUGA